AUGGGUUGUGGUGCUAGUGUUCCCGUUGAUAAUGAAGAAAUGGAUCCAUUUCUUCAAGACAAGAGGAUUAAUGAUGCUAUUGAACAAAGUUUACAAUUACGUAAACAAAAUUCAAAAAAUGGAAUUAAAUUAUUAUUAUUAGGGACAGGAGAAAGUGGUAAGUCAACAGUGUUAAAGCAAUUGAAAUUAUUACAUAAAGGCGGUUUUACACAACAAGAAAGAAUGCAGUAUUCAAAUGUUAUUUGGUGUGAUGUUAUACAAUCAAUGAAAACAUUAAUUAUUAAUGCUAGAAAAUUAAAAAUAAAAUUAGAUUGUGAUCAGCCUAAUAAUCCUUUAAUUCCUUAUAAACAAAUAGUCUUAAGAAGUGAUCCUUUAAAACAAAUUGAUGCUGAUAUUGCUGGUGGUACUGAUUUUAUUAAUGAUUAUAUUGUUAAAUAUAGUGAAGAAAAUAAAAAUAAAAGAAAAUUGAAAAGUACUGGUGCAACAGAUAUUUGGGGACAAGAUGAUGAUUAUGAUGUACAUCAAGAAACUAUUGAACAACAUUUACAAUCUAAUAAUCAACCACAACAAUAUUCAAGAUAUGAAAUUGCUCAAGCUAUUCAUAAAUUAUGGACUUCUGAUUCAGGAAUUAAAAAAUGUUUUGAAAGAUCAAAUGAAUUUCAAUUAGAAGAAAGUGCUGAAUAUUAUUUCCAAAAUGUUUUCAAUUUUGCUGAUCCAAAUUAUUUAUGUAAUGAUUUGGAUAUUUUGAAAGGAAGAAUUAAAACCACUGGGAUCACUGAAACUAAUUUUAUCAUUAAUUCAUUGCAAUUUAAAGUAUUGGAUGCAGGUGGUCAAAGAUCGGAACGUAAGAAAUGGAUUCAUUGUUUUGAAGAUAUCACUGCAGUAUUGUUUGUAUUGGCAAUUUCAGAAUAUGAUCAAUGUUUAUUUGAAGAUGAAAGAGUUAAUCGAAUGCAUGAAUCAAUUGUUUUAUUUGAUUCUUUAUGUAAUUCCCAAUGGUUUGCUAAUACUCCUUUUAUACUAUUCUUAAACAAAAUUGAUAUAUUUGAAAAGAAAAUUCUUAAAAGUCCAAUCAAGAAAUAUUUCCCUGAUUUCAAUGGUAAAUCUGAUGAUGUUAAUGAAAAUAUCAAAUUUUUUGAAACAAAUUUCAUGAAUAUUAAUAGAACAAAUAAACCAAUUUAUGUUCAUAGAACUUGUGCCACCGAUACAACUUCAAUGAAAUUUGUUUUAAGUGCAGUAACUGAUUUAAUCGUACAGCAAAACUUGAAAAACAGUGGUUUAAUGUGA